GUUCUUCGUGCAAAUGGACCAACGCACAUUGUUUUCUUCGUCAUUGUCAUCUUCUUGGGCUCCUUCUAUCUACUUAACGUAAUCUUGGCCAUUGUCUCAAUGUCCUACGAGCAGGUUUACCAACGCGAUCUGGCCGACGACGAAGAAAUUGCAACGGCACUAUCACAAUAUGCCCUGGAGGACGAUGAAGACUUAGAUAACCCCGAAGGGCCUGGGAGCCUGACGGCGACGUUGACUACGCGAAACGAGGAUUUCUAUGAGGGUCUUCCAGGCGACCCACGAAAAGGGCACCGGCGUUCUCCUUUUCGGCGCCACAGUGCUCCUGCGCGUCUCUGUUCCGCGGGAGCGUUUGACAUGGAGGUAUUUGGCCACCCGGACGGCCUCCUCUUGGUGCGUUGUCUUCAUCCAAUAUAUUAG